AGUCUGGAUAGAGAUGCAAAAUGGCUUAGUUGGUUUGAACAGCAAUUUGCUGCCGUAGCUGGUGAAGAUCGGCAAAUCAAUAUAGUAGAAUUUAAAAAUGCCUUGAAUGUUAAGGAGUCUUUCUUCGCAGAACGCUUCUUUCAGCUGUUUGAUGAAGAUGGUAGUGGUACUAUCAGUCUGAAUGAGUUAAUGGGCGGAUUAAAUAAAUUAACAAGUGGCGAUAAUUCGGAGAAACUAAGAUUUUUGUUCAAAGUUUAUGAUGUUGACGGUAAUGGAUUUAUUGAUCCUUUUGAGUUAAAGACAGUUCUUCAGUCCUGCAUAAGUGAAAGUUCUCUAGAAUUUAGUGAAUCGAACUUGAAUGCAUUAACGCAGGCGUUGUUCGAGAGCGCUGAUGCUGACGGUAGUGGCACCAUAACCUACGAAGAAUUAGAAGGAGAAUUACAGAAACACCCUGGUGUCAUCGAAAAUUUAACGAUUAGUGCUGCCAAUUGGCUUAAACCACCACCGAAAAAAAAGAAAAAUUCUUUAAAACAAAUUUACCCGUAUUAUUUAACCUUGCGUUAUAUUCGUAACAACUUGAGUAUCACAUUAUUUAUGAUUGUUUAUUGGUUGACUAAUUUUGGUUUAUUUGGAUUUGCUGUUUACCAGCAGCGAGAGAAAAAUAUUUGGAUCAAGAUAGCGCGUGGUUGUGGCUUAUGCUUAAACUUUAAUUGCACAUUUAUUAUGGUUUUGAUGUUAAGGAAAACUUUAACUAUUAUUAGAUCAACGACUUUAGGCUCUUAUUUGCCAAUUGAUCAACAUAUUGAUUUUCAUAAAAUGACUGGAAUUGUUAUCGGAUUCUUUGCCUUGGUACAUACUGUUGCUCAUGUCUUUAAUGUUGUUUUACCAGAUCCUCCAAACAAUCGCAGUGCUGUUGAUGUCUUAUUUACAACCAAGUACAAAAUUGGUUGGGUUGGUGGAACUGCUUACAUAACUGGCUAUCCCUUAGUUAUUAUCUUGUUAGUUAUGAUUAUAUGCUCUAUGCCAUUCGUCAGGCGGAAAGGUUAUUUUCAGGUUUUUUAUUGGACGCAUUUAUUAUUUGUACCUUGGUUUGCUUUACUGAUAAUACAUUGUCCUAAUUUUUGGCAUUGGUUUAUUGUACCUGGAUCCAUCUAUGUUUUAGAGAGAAUUUAUCGUUCCAAAUUCGUUAAAUUAGCGAGAUAUGGUAGAACAUAUAUUAUUGCAGCCAAUAUGCUACCUUCCAAGGUAACACAUUUAGUUAUCAAUAGGCCGAGUAACUUUCACUUUCAGCCUGGAGACUAUGCCUUCCUGCAAAUUCCUGCGAUUGCUAAAUACGCUGAAUGGCAUCCUUUUACAAUUAGUAGUGCACCAGAGCAAAAGCAUACAUUAUGGUUCCAUGUUAGAUCAGUUGGCACCUGGACAACAAGGCUGUAUGAAUAUUUUGAACGAAAGCACGUCGAAGCUGGUAGUGAUGCCCUAGAAACAACACCAUUAUCGCCUACGCAUCGGCAAGAUCGAACAAGAAGUAGCAGUGUGGAUAUCAGUGAUCAAAAGGCAAAUAAAAAACAUCUCAAAGUAUUUAUUGAUGGUCCUUAUGGUACACCGAGUACACAUAUCUUUCAAGCGGAUCACGCAGUUUUAAUCGGUGCUGGAAUAGGAGUUACUCCAUUUGCGUCUAUUUUACAGAGUAUCAUAUUCCGAUAUCGAAGUGCAGCAAGACAAGUUUGCCCUCAGUGCAAUUAUACUUGGACUGAUAAACUGCCAUCAUCAGUUAUGAACCUAAAAAAGGUCGAUUUUUUUUGGAUCAAUCGAGAUCAAAAGGCAUUUGAAUGGUUUAUUAGCUUAUUAAGCCAACUUGAAAUUGAACAAACAGAAGAUGGAAAUUUAAAUCAUCUCUUAGAUAUGCAUAUGUACAUGACCUCAGCAUUGAGAAAAACUGACAUGAAGGCCAUUGGUUUACAGAUGGCCCUCGAUUUAAUUCAUAAGAAAAGUGAGAAAGAUUUAAUUACUGGCUUAAGAACGAAAACAGAAGCUGGUAGGCCUGAUUGGAAUCAGGUAUUUGAUAGUUUAAGCCAAUCCAACCAUGGAAAAGUAUCAGUAUUUUUCUGCGGUUCACAUCAGCUAGGCAGUCUACUAAAAUCUUACUGUCAGAAAUACGGCUUUGAAUUUCGCAAAGAAAAUUUUUAA